AUGAAUUUCACAGACAUAUUGGCCUCCAAAUUUGAACCAGAAACAACUGGUACAACUAUCAUGGCAGUCAUUUAUGAUGGUGGAUUAUUAAUUGGUGCUGAUAGUCGAACAUCUUCUGGCCAAUUUGUUGCAGAUAGAUGUGCUGAUAAAAUCGAUUACAUUCACGAUAGAAUAUUUUGUUUGAGAAGUGGCGCAGCUGCAGACACUUAAAUAAUUACCAAACAUGUCAGAUACUAUGUAGAUGCACACGCAUAAGAAUUGGGCAGAUUGCCCGCUGUAGCCACUGCUGCAAAUCUCUUCAGAAAUUUCUUAUACGAAUACAAGGACUCAAUGUCAGCAUCCAUCAUCGUUGCUGGAUGGGAUCCAUAUAAGGGUCCAUAGAUAUUCACAUUGCCUUUGGGAGGAUCAGUCAUUGAGCAGAAAUGGAGUAUCGGUGGAUCUGGAAGUACAUUUAUUUGGGGAUUCUGUGAUUCCAAUUACAAAGAAAACAUGACACAUCAAGAAGCACGAGCAUUUGUUUCACAUGCAGUAGCUCACGCCAUGUUUAGAGAUGGAUCAUCUGGUGGGAUCAUAAGAUUACUUAACGUAACCAAAGAUAAAAUCGAGCGAGAAUUUAUUGAUUAUAAAGAUGUCCCAUUCAAAUGAGUUUGCAUUAAUACAUCAAUAUUAUAUUCAAGUUAUUUCAACAUAAUGUGUCUCA